AAGCCAAGCAAUUUUGAUGAUGAGGCGAAUUGCUGGUGCUCGGAAACCCUUUUUCACUAGAAUCUGGUGGUCCUUUAUUCAAAUACACUAGUUCCAAACGAUUAGCAGCCAUCGAUUUGUGUGUGUUGAAUAAAGUUUCUUCACCAAACGAACAAACGAAUUAACGAUGGAAUCCAAGUGAUACCGUAACUACAUUGUUACGGUAUCACUGCUGCCCAGAAAUCUGCUUGCAGAGUCACUCCACACAAACAGAGACUUGAACGUACAAAUCAGGUUUAUUCUCUACCAUUAAAUCUCUGGAUUCGAGAGGCAGACUAUGGAUUUCGCUACAGGGGCAAAGGGCCUUUUGAAAUCUAAGACGAGGUUUCUGUUUCAUCAAAGAAAUAUGCCACUGCUCUUGCUGUACAUUGUGAAGGAAGAAGCUCCAUUGAAAAUAAUCAACAUCAAAGAAAGAGAUUAAACCGUAACUACAUUGUUACUGACUCAGUUUUCAAUAUGAAUAACCCUUCCCGAACGAAAUUCAGUGUUAGUCAAAAUUGACGUGUAUUCAACAUGAUAAAUACAGAUGUCCGGGUCACGCUGGGCUCCAUCUCUCUUUCCAGGAAGAACAUCACCAUUAUGUAGGUUGACUAUGAAGCUCCAAUAUCAUUUAUGGAACAUCCAUCGCAAAUUGUGCUUCUACUUUAUCAAUAACUAUGUUCCCUGCUAUUAUCGAUGGCAAGGAAUCUCAACCCUCCACAUGCUCCUCCAUAGAAUCAUCACAACCAUGUCGUCACUUCGAAUUACAUGAGAUUCUCUUAGCAACAGAUAACUUGGACGAAUCAUUGGUAAUUGGGCAUGGAGGGUUUGGAAAAGUUUACAAAGGUAACAUUACGAAUGGAUCAAUUGUUUCCGUUGCUGCAAUUAAACGGUUGGAUCCCAUGUCCAGUCAAGGGGCAUCAGAGUUCUGGGCGGAGGUUGAGAUGCUUUCCAACUUCCGUCACUGUCACCUUGUGUCUUUGUUUGGUUAUUGUAAUCAUAAAAAAGAGAUGAUUCUUGUUUACGAGUAUAUGCCCAAUGGAACUCUUGAAGACCACCUUCAUAAUAAACUUGGGACCCCCCUUUCUUGGCUUCAGAGACUCAAGAUCUGCAUAGGUGCUGCGCGUGGGUUAGACUACCUUCACACUGGUACGGGGAUUAAAGCCGGGGUUAUACAUCGUGAUGUGAAGAGCUCCAAUAUUUUGUUAGAUAAAAGCUGGGCAGCUAAAAUUUCAGACUUUGGGUUGUCCAAAAUAGGUCCAAAGGAUCAGCCAUUGACUUAUGUCAACACACAUGUUAAAGGCACUUUCGGGUAUCUAGAUCCUGAUUAUUCCUUCACAGGAAGGCUGACAAGGAAGUCUGAUGUGUAUGCUUUUGGGGUGGUGUUGUUAGAAGUCCUUUGUGGGAGGCCUGCACUGGAUUUGAGUCUCGAUGAAGAUGAGCAGAAUUUAGCAAGAUGGGCUCAAGAAUCCAUCAAAGAAGGAAAUUUAAAACAUAUAAUUGAUUCUGGUAUAAGGGAUCAAAUCUCCCCGAAAAGUUUGAAAGAGUUUGUUCGGAUUGCAGGGGCAUGUUUGCACAGCAAGCAAAAGGAGCGUCCAACCAUGACUGAGGUCGUGUUCAGUCUUGCUUCUGUAUUGAUCUUACAAGAGAAAACCAAUAGUUCAUUGCAACCUUCACAUAGAACAGUAUUCAGUAGAAUGGUUGAUAAGUUCCCCUUCACCUCCAAUGGAGACAACUCUGUCCGUGGUGAUCCAAGUGAUAGCAAGGCCAACAAUAGAAAUGCUGCUGCUGAUAAUGUAGGGUCUGAUGACAAGGAUUUCACAAUGCCUAUUUUAACUUUGAAAGUAUUUGACUUUGCUGAUUUGGAGUUGGCUACAAGAAGAUUUAGUCAAGAUAUGCUCAUUGCUACGGAAGGUUAUGGAGAGACAUUCUUAGGUUGGGUUGACAAGAACACAUUGUCCUCUUCAACAGAGGGUCUUGGUAUUGCUGUUGCUGUUGAAAGGUGUCACAAUCUUCAUGAAUGGCAGACAGUGUUGAGUGUCUUAGGACAGUUAGCUCAUCCAAAUAUUAUUAGUCUCUUGGGAUACUGCAACAAUAUGAAAGAAGAAGAAAGAUGGUUGCUUGUUUAUGAGAACAUGCAAAACCAAAACUUGGGUCACUUCUUAUUUGGAGGAGAUGUUGCCGAACCACUUCCAUGGGCAACACGACUUAUGAUAAUGAUAGGAGUAGCCCGUGGACUCGCUUAUAUCCAUUCAUCAAAACGCCAACUCAUACACCGUGACGUUAAAUCCUCUAAUAUAUUGCUGGAUCAGGAUUUCAAUGCAAAACUGGGGGGUUUUGAGUUGGCAAGAUUUUUCCCUGAGACCGAGACCGGGAAAACAGUUGUUUCAACGAGUGUUAUGGGUACCUAUCAUUAUGCAGACCCGGUGUAUAUAAAUACGGGUCGCUUGAGUGUGAAGAGCGACAUCUAUGGGUUUGGAGUGGUGUUGCUGGAAAUAUUAACAGGACGUCGGGCAACGGUGCAGCCGAGUCCACAGACCAAUUUGGUAAAAUGGGCAAGUUCAUCCUUAGCAAGCAGAAGCAAGCUAAAAAAAAUAAUGGAUCCGUGUCUUAAACAAAAAUACCCACCAAAUGGUGCUUUUCGAUGUGCUGCACUUGUAUUAAGGUGUUUAUCUGAGGAUCAAAAGGAUAGGCCUUCAAGUGAAGAAGUUUUGGGGAGCUUGGAGCAAAUAUAUGCUAUUAACAAAUAAUGGAUGAUGGAUAUGAUGUUAUACUUAGACUCUAAAUGAUUAAUGGGGUACUAAGAGAACUAAUGUUUAAUUUUUAUGGUUUUCGUUGUUUCUUCGUCGUAGAUUAUCUAACGCUUAUGAUAAACAUAAAUUGUGGGCUAUUCUUUUGUCAU